CCGGACACUCGGACACCAGGACACCCGGACACCCGGACACAGGGUUGUUACGGUGUAAGGUGUGAGUGGCCCUGUAAACCACCAACAAUGAGAGUGAUGGUUGGUUGUUGAAGAACAAACUGCAUGUGUCCUGAGGAAGAACGUUAACAUUUAAGAAGUACUUCACCAUGCUUGGAGAAAAGGCUUUAGAACUUAUUAAAGAACUUGACAGAUCUAAAGAUGGUCAAUUACCAACUUUUAAUGAGGACUCGAUUAGAAUGGUACUGGAGGAGAUGACAACAUUGUUUGAGCAAAAUCAGCGUGAUGUGAAUGCAACAGUAGCAGGUGAUGUACGAUUUUUUUCUGGAGUUCAUUUACGACAUGCUGCUUUGGAGAGAAAUAAAAGAUGUUUGCUGGCUUACUUAUACAACAGGUUGGAAAGAAUUAAAGCUAUGCGCUGGGAAUUUGGCAGUAUUCUACCAGCAGAAAUUCGAGCCAAUAUAUGUGAACCUGAGGUUCAGUGGUUCAGUAGGUAUAACAAGAAUCUUGCAGCAUACAUGAGGUCACUGGGAGAAGGAACUGGACUAGACCUUACACAGGACACUAAACCACCUAAGAAUUUGUACGUUGAGGUGCGUUGCCUUAAGGACUACGGUGAAUUUGAGAUUGAAGAGGGAGACAUUGUUGUACUACAGAAGAAUACAACCCAUUACCUUCCCAUGUCUCACUGUCAGCAUCUUAUUCGGCAAGGCAUCCUUGAACAUGUUGAAUGAGAUUGUUUUCUAAAUACAAUAAGAGGUCAUGCCUUCACUAAUAAACCACAUUGUUUUUAGAUAUAAGGGUAGGAGACCAGUAUAUGUAUUGUAUUGUAUGCAGUAUAUGUAUUGAAUAAUUAUUCAAUGCACUGCACUUCUCUUCCUGCUUUUUAUUUUCUCAUCACUUUCAUGUUUGCUCUAGUGAAGUUGUCCUAAUCUUACUUAGACACUCUAAGUUCUCUGAUUAGCAAAUAACCACUGUUUCUUAUAUGUGACAGCCAUAUCAACAUGAGAUAUAUCUAUUAUACAUGUUUUAGAUUCUUUAAAAUGUAUGGGGGAGAAUAUUCUACAUGAGAUUGCCAUGUAAAAGAGAUGUGCUUAAGAAAUAUGACAGAGACAAAUGUAUUUUAGAUAUAAAGUUAGUGAAGGGGCAUUGACUGCCUAUAUUUUCAAUAUUUUUGGUUAGAUACUAAGAGUUUAUCUUUUUAUACCGAAUUUUUGAUAUAUUGAUAUUAAAUUCUGCUUUGAAAAGGA